CUUUCGAUUGCGCGCAUUCCCAACUUUCCCUCGUGAUCGGCAUGUCUCCGUCCAUUCAACCCGCCGGUGCAGCCGACAAGCUCGGCGACUCAGUUGCCGCCACCCAGGCCACUCCGGAGCACCAACCUCAGGGCAUUGACACCGCGUACCAAUACCUCGCGCCACAAAUGGCCACUGCAGUCCCCGUGCCGCCGCCUGCUCCGUGCCAGUGCUGCCAUGACACAACAAUGGGCAACUCCCGUUGUCGCGCCAAUGAUUGCUUUGUGACGUGGCGCUCGCCGUUCGUAUUCAGCGGCAUUGUGGGUUUCGCGGGCAUGACUCUCUGCAAGAACCUGUUCUUCUUGACAAGCACCGUUGGCGUGACGGCGCUAACGCUCAUGGUAUACUGCACACAUCUUUGUGCGAAUCACUUUGCUAAGUUGAUACAAUCGUAGACUCUUGGGAAACAAGGGAUUGUGGAAGUGAAUUGGAAGAAACUCGAAGACCAAUUCCAAACCACGGCCAACUGGACGUUCAAAGUCCCUUCGAAAGCUGGACUUGUCGUCGGCAUGUUCGUCGCGUGGAAGUUCUUUGCUUAAACGCCCAUAUUAGAUACGAUUCAAUGAUCAUUUACAGUUACUACCUCUGUCAAUCGGUUUGUUUACCUGAAAGUACAACAGUCAACACACUUGAGAAACGAACCCAUAAUUUAAGAUAUGAAGAAAGUAUUGUGGUUUGUUAUUAAUAUAUUAACACUCAAAAUUUC